GACGGGCCAGUGGGCAGGUGGCCGCCGCACAGGCCACAACCCGCACCAGCAGACAUAACCACUCCCAGGACGCGCCUGUGGAAGUACAGCGGUGCCCGGCGGACAUUUUCCCCUCUAUAAUACACGUACUUCCAACUAUAGUUCGUCGCAAAAUGGCCAUAGCGCAAGUGUUUGAAAAAAAUCUGUACAUCUUAUGUGAUUAUGGUGUUAAAGGUCAAUUAGAAUGCGAAUGGUGCAAUUAUCUAGUCAAUGCAGUUUAAAUAUGCCAGUGAUGCCCAAGAUUGUGAGUACUCGUAGUGACCAUAAGUUACAAGUCUUGUGGUAUUUCAAGGUGAUGGAGCUGAAUAAGUUAUGCUCAUCCCUUCCAAGUUAUGUAUUGGUGCUAACUCGUGGUGUGUGUGUGAAGAAAUAAAUCGAAGGAAAAAAUUGUAAUAUUACUUGAAAUUGUGUUAUACUAGAACGCAAAAGUUGAAUUUUGUAAUGGGUAUAUUCACCCUAUUUUAACAUAUAUAUUAUAUGUUAUAUGCAAAAUAGGCACGUGUAGGGGAGGAGGAAUACAAGAUUAUUAGAAUUAUGGCAUUAGUGUUUAUAUUGGUGUUGAGAGAUGUUGAGCCAUGAUGUGUAUAGGAGGAUGACGACUUGGGAAGCUGUUGCAGAUGUUGCAAUUGACCUGACACCAAUCAACGAAGCCCUACACAUAAUCAUCAUGAUUACAUGACGCUUAAAAAGUCAUGAGUUGCAAGGGGGAAGGGAACUGCCACGAGAAGCAAAUCGUAAUGUAUAACGCUUCCAUUACGGUAACUUGGUGGCUGUGAGACUAUAUUGAGCGGCAUCAUGCAGACGGCGUACGCCAGGAUGGUGUACGACCGCCAUCAGCAGAGGGCUCUGCGUCGCGACGGGUCCGACGUCCAACGGGCCACCUCCACCUUCAGGCACCUGAUCAAGGACCUGUGUCGACGCCUCAUUGCCUUCCUAUUCACACAGGUGGGCGUGUGCGGGCUGGUCGUUGCUUACAACAUCAUGGGAGCCUUCGCCUUCCGCGCCAUCGAGGGAAACAAUGGAGACACAGGCCCCGAGGAAGAGGCAUUUGACCUCCGGGAGUCCAUGGUGGCACGUCUCUGGAACGUCACCCUCCGACUCAACAUCUUGGAGGAGGCCCAGUGGAGGAGGGAGAUGGCAAACGCCCUGCGGGAGUACCAAGGAGACGUGGUAUCGCUAGUCAAGAUCAAAGGGUAUCGAGGUGUCCACCCUCAGGAGGCGUGGUCGUUCAGCGCAGCUCUCAUGUACUCUCUGAGUGUGUACACUACCAUCGGCUACGGGAACCUGACGCCGCGGACAGAGUGGGGGAAGAUAGCCACCAUCUUCUACGCCCUGGUGGGGAUGCCUCUAAUGCUGCUGUACAUGUCCAAUGUUGGGGAGGUCCUCGCUCACCUCUUCAAGUUCCUCUACUUCAGGGCCUGCAGGUGCGACGUCGGGUCGUUGGGAUACUAUCGUUCUGGCAGUGGCACUCUGAGACCGAAACCACGGCAGCAACAGCAGGCGGACCACCAGCUGGAGGAGCAGCAGCAGGAGCAGCAGCAGGAGCCCGAGGACUGGCAGCAGGGAGUGAAGAAGGGAUGGAAAGCAGGCCGUCGCACCAUUCCUAUUACCUACUGCCUGCUGGUGAUCGGUGUUUACGUGUUGUGUGGCGGGCUGAUCUUCUCGCAGUGGGAGCGCUGGACGCUGCUCGAUGCCUGCUACUUCUCCUACAUCUCCCUCAGCACCAUUGGCUUCGGCGACCUGGUGCCGGGAAGGACGGUAGCCGGUCAGAACGACGAGGAGGUGGAGUCCCAACAGAUCAUCUGUACCGUAUACCUGCUGGUGGGGAGCGCCCUCGUCGCUAUGUGCUUCAACCUCAUGCAGGAGGAGACCAUUGAGAACCUCAAGGCCUUCUGGAGGAACCUGGGGUGCUUGAGGAAGAAGGACACUGAAGAGGAGGUAAUACGUUUGGCGAGAGUUGCAGGAUGACGCCAUGACUUCAGAGGUAGAAACUGGACCCGUUUGGAAAUGAUAGUCGAAAAGAGGACUUCGAUGUUUUGUCGAAAAGAGGACUUCGAUGUGUUGUUGAAAAGAAGACGUCGAUGUUAUGUCGAAAAGACGACUUCGAUGUUUUGUUGAAAAGCGGACAUCGAUGUUUUGUUGAAAAGAAGACGUCAGUGUUUUGUUGACAUGCGACGUCGAUGUUUUGUCGAAAAGAAGACGUUGAUGUUUUAUAGAAACGACAGAGUCGAUAUACUGUCAAAAGACGUCAGAUAAUUGUCGAUAACAUGAGGGAUUCUUGGAAUACAUAUCCAUGAGCUGUUACCCCUCAGAAUCAACGUAGUUGUAGCUGCUGCUAUCUUCAGGGAUUUAUACUCUCCAUCAAAGUUAAGAUUCCGUGUUAUUUUCCAUACAUAUAAGACUGAUUUCCUCCCAGUUAUUCUGCGUGUAGACAGCUUCGUACCCUUACUGGUGCGAGUUUACAAGUGAUCACCACCCGAGUGCUGUCCUGUUCGUACACUGCCAUGCAACAGUGCAAACUUCAUAUUACAGUGAGAUUUUGCAAUACAUUGACUAUUUUUGUAUAAUUUACGUCUAUGUAAGUACCUUAAUCGUACUGUUAAGUGCUUUAUAUGUAUUUCGGCCCAAGAAUUUUAUAAUUGAUAAAAUAAGUAUUGACUAAAUGCAAGCUGAUGUUCAAAUCGCUGUUUUUUCGACACUGAUAUUGACUAAUACCAAUGGCGAUGACAUAUUAAUGCUUGUUCCAUAUUCAGUCAAGAUAUUGUUUACAUAUUAUUCCAUAUUAAUGAAUACUGCCUAACCUCAGGAGGGAUAAUUGUAGUCAGAAGCGAGGGAGAAAUAUCCAUCAGAAUAUCCCCCAUCAGGAGCUGUUGAAACGGAGGUACUCAUCAGGAUAUUCCCACAGGAGGUGCUGGAACGACAAUACCCAUCAGAAUACCUCCCCCCCUAAUGAGAGGGGCUGAAACUACACCAUCCAUCAGGAUAUCCCCAUUAGGUGAUGGGAUCUUAAUAUCCACCAGGAGGCACUGGAACGGCAAUACCCAUCAGAAUGCUCCCUAUUGGGAGAUACUGGAACAAGAACAGCCAUCAGGAUGUCUGUCUCCAUUGGAAGGCAAUGAAACGAAAACAUGUCUGAAGACUUUACAUAGGAUGGGUAUCAGAGACGAGAGAAGACAAACUGCUUCCACCCAUACCGCCCUCCACGCCCACACCACGCCCCUUCUCGUUGUGUCACCCACUUCACCUAUUUCGAAGCCUUCAUUUCUGCCCACGACUGUCCCAAGUAAGGAGCGGGUUGUCCCCAUGAUCAGCUGCUGCUCCUGGCUGCACCUGCCGGAGACCCACGCCCACGGGAGCAGCAACGGCUCCCUCGCCACGCUCUCCCACCAUCCAGGCUUCAAGGGCUCUAGGAUUCC